GACAGUUUGACAGGUGACAACUAAAUGUUUGUAUGGACUUAUUUGAAUUUUGAAUAAGAUUUUUAAUUGUGCAAUGUGAAAAAGAAAAUUGUUAAAUUGGCUCUGUGUUGGCAUAUAAUGAUCAUCUAAUUAUAACAACUUGUUUAAGAUGGAGAACUUGAAGCAAAGAGGAAAACAUCGCAUUCGAGCAGAGAACGAAAUAAUUCGUAGACGCGAACAGGAAACUCGUUAUAAUGAAUUAUGGAAUGGGACUGUAAAGUAUUUUGACCAUUGGAAUAAAGCUUGCACUAAGUUCGAAGAAUGGACUUCUCCCAGAUAUUACAGUGAAAAUAACAAAUUAUUGUCAGAUAUAAAAAAUAAAAAGGAUAAGGAGGAACAAUUGGCGAAGAGAAGGGAGAAAUUGAGACAAUUAUUCGAAGAUGAAAGACAAUCUUACGAGAUAGAAAUAAUGGUUCAUAAAAAUAGAUAUAUGGUAGAUAAACCUAGAAGAGAUAACCUCGAGGUCUCUACCAAUGUCUUAAAAGAAAUUAAUGAUAAUAUAAAAACAGAAGAAGAAACUAAAAGAAGACGAGAAGCUGAAUUGAAGCUAUACGAACAAUGGAAACGUAAUAAUCCAAUUGUAAGACAAUAUGAAGCAAAAUAUAAAUGUAGAGAUUUAAAAUUGAGUUGGCUAGAUCAACAGAUAGAAAAACAAAUGGCCAUUGAAAAGGAAGAAGAAGAAAAUCGAAGGAUCUUGAAAGAACAAGAAGAGAAAUUGAAACAAGAACGAGAAAAAGAAGAAUACGAUAAAAAACAACUUGAUAUAAAAAGAGAACAACUUAAAAGAGAUUUGGAAAAACAGAUUCUAGAAUUACGUGAAAAGCAAACAAUAAGUGAUGAUUUGAAAUCCAAAGAAGAUGCCGAACUCAAACAGCAAACAUUGUUGGCGGAACUCGAAGAAAAAUAUAGGGUAGAAGAAAAUAGGAGACGUGAACAAGAAUGUGUAUUGUUCAACAUUAGACAACAUAAAAGAAAAUUGCAACAAAGAAUCAAAGAUAUUCAAGAAGAUCUGGAGCAAGACAGACAUUUAGUUUCAAGAUUAAGAGAUUUGGAAUUGAAUGAUAUCAUUCAAGAUGAAAAGAAACGUAAGGAAAUACAGGAAGGCAUUAAAGAGUUCUUGGAUAUUCUAUAUCAACAACAAAAAUUAGAAGUACUUCGAAAAAAACGAAUGGAGUUCUUAUUUGAUUCGGAAGCUAAAGCAAUGUAUGAUAUGCAGGAAGAAUUAUGGAAACAAGAAGAAGUGAAUAGAAAAAAACUGAUUAAAGAAGUUAUAGAUUCUGUAAAAAAGCAAAUACAAGACAAUUUAGAAAGAAACAAGAAAAAUCAGAUAGAUAUUUUGAAAGAACGUGAAGAGAUUACUGAAAAAAUCGAACAGUAUCAUCAAGAAUUAGAUAAACUAAAAGAAGAAGAACAAAAAAAGAAACACAAAGCAAGAUUAGACAGACAGGAUGAAAUAAAAAUGAAAGCUGCAAAAGGGAAAAGUUUAGAUGUUCUUCGAAUGAAGGAACUUGACAAAGAAUUGGAAUUAAUUCGCAAGGAAGAAGAAAGGUUGCAAAAAGAAAUUUUACGAAUUCAACAAAGACAAGGUCCAAUUAGACCACCUAGGAGUAGAUUAUUUCUAUAAAUUACUUCUCGUUAACUAUUUUUUAGAAUUAUUGUGAUAGUUUUAUGUUGAAAUGUUGAAGAUUUUUAAAUUAAAUACAAUUAUAUAUCUAGUGUUUCUAGAAUAGUGUUUUUUGUAAGCAUGAAUUAGUGUUGAUUAAGAAUUAAUCAUUUAUAAUAUUAGCUUUGACUAGUUAUAAAUUUCUAAAUAAGAAUAUUCCACUAAAAUAUAUAUAGUUCUUCUAAUAUCAAAGAGUCUAUGUGGACUGAUGGUUUGUUAGAUGUUUACCGAAUUUUAUACGGGGAGUAAACAUUAUUUUUCAUUUCUUAAUUUGGUAUGAGUGCCGUACGUAUUUAUGAAAUAUUAAUUUUUCUUUGCAUAACUGUCUUCUGCAAUUGAUAUUGGAAGAACCAUAAUAUCUUGUGAAUUUUAACACUAGGCUAGAACCUGUGAAUAGUCAUACAUACCAGCUGCACACCAAUACUUAUAAUUACAUUGUGACUAGAGAUAGAUUUAUAAAAACUUUUUAAAUUUGUUAAAUUUAUCAUAUAAUCUGAAUUUUUCAAUUUGAAUUAACUCUACAAAUGUGACAUUAAUUUACAAAACAUAAAAUUAAACAGGUGUUUAGGGAAUGUAGUUUUCAGGGUUGAGAAUCAUUCAAAACCAUAAAAUAAAAUGAAGAUUCAGAAAUUUAUGGAUAAUUUUCACUAGUUAUCAUAAAAAAGUGCAUGCAAGCUUUUUAAAGCCAAAAGAGGUAAGCUUCAUAUCCCCUGGACAGCUUAAUUUGGAAAGUCAUUGCCACCUGAUUGGUAAACAGUCCGGAGUACACAAUAGGUCAAAAUGUAACUCAUCUAAUCUAACUAAUCGUUAAUCAUCGCAAAAAUUUCUCAUUGAUGAAUCUAGUAUUUCCCUUUCUUUAAACAAUCAUAUUUUUUAGACACAAAAGAGAUUUGCGUUUCCAAGGUACAUUUUAUAGUUUGUUCAAUUGUUUCAUUUCUUUUCCAUCAAAAAAAUAUUCUGUGGAGUAUUAAAACUAUCAUCAUAACCUGUGAACAAUGUUGAGUAGUUUAUUUCAGAGAAUAAAGACUUACCAGGGAAUAGUGAUUUUGGAUAUAUGUUAUAAAUUCUUCUCAUUUCUUUUACUUUAUCGGUAACCACCCUUUUUAUGCUUAUUUACAAUAGUGGUAACUCCUUAUAAAAAGUUAUCUUCCUGAUCCACCACUAUCAGUUAUUCAUUAAACGUCAACUGGUUAAUAACAAACAAGAAUUCUACCUGAAAAUGAACACAAGUAAUAAAUCUGCUCAAGUAGGCACCCUAUUGUGACAAGGUCAGUACGCUGAAUAUAAGUCUGCUCUUUCUAGAGUUUACCGUCGUUACCAAGAGACUGGUGAAUGUCUUCUAAGACGUGGUUCCGGGGGAAAAAGUACACAUCCAAUAGAGCUGGCCGAUUCAUUUUCCCCACAUCGCUGAGAAAUCGGACACUCACUGGUAGUCUAAGAUUGGAAAUCGACCUUCAUCGAUCUGGUAACCAGAUGAGACGUAUUUUUUUCACUUAUAUACACAUAUGCCUAUGAUAACUUGCCUAUAAAAAGUUUAUCACACAGAAUAUGUCUAGGUAGGCCUUGCUUAUUCGUUUCUGUUUAUGUCUACCUGACAAGCAGAUGUGAACAGGUCAAUAUAGGUAACCCUAUACCGAUCUGCUAACGAAUCGAAAUUUAUAUCAAAGGUUAGAUAUUUUAAUUACAAUACCAAUUAUAUAGACUUGCCUGCAAUAAAUCGCACAUAAAAUAUUAUGGUGUUAUACUAUGGUAUUCAGUCCAACAAGAGCUCAGAGAAACGCGAGGAGUGGCUGGACAAUUAGAAGAAGUCUUAAGGCAGCUAACCUCGAACCAACUACUGGCCCCAAAUUAACCCCAGCCCACUGAGCAGUCCGUCUGCGAUUUUUCAGAAAACGCGUUAAUUGGACUGACGAACAGAGGGUGUUUGCAUGGUAGCAAGGAAAAGGACAAGUCUACAAAAGACCUGGAGAAAGAUUCGCGGAGUGUUAUAUAAAAACAACGUGGCUUUUGGAGGAGGUUCCGGAAUGGUUUCGGCGCAUAUUUCAAAGGAAGUAAAAACCGAGUUGGUUCUUAUAGAAACUGGCCGUGUACCGGGAGGAUUAACAGCGAACCGAUACAUAGAAAAAAUUUUGAGGGUUUAAGUCGUUCCCUAUUCAGUUUUAUCGGCGGAAAUUGCAUCCUAAUACAGCACAAUGAUUGUCCACAUACUGCAGGUUCCGCAUGACAGUAUUUACAAGAUGUCGAAAUUGCUGAUAUAGAUUGGCCAGCGCCUAGGUCGGACUUGAAUCCUAACAGGUAUAUAUGGGAUUAACUUGAGUGAAAAUUAAGGACUAGAAAUUCUGCACUAGCCACGAAAUCGGAUCUCAAAACGGCACUCACUGAAGAUUAGGAUAGCAUCGAAUAAGAUAAGAAACUUAUUUGAUCCAGGAAAAA